AUGACCGCCUCGUCCUCGACCACCACCACUGUGCGCGAGCAGUCGCCGCCCAAGCGGUACUCGCUCCAGAACGCAGCUGGUCUCUCCCUCCUUCCUGCGUCCGAGCCGAUCGGAUGUAACUCUCUCAUCUCGUGUCUCACUCACCUCUCGCUGUCCUCACUGCCCCCUUCGCCCACCACACCCCGCACUCCUGGCACGCCUGGUCGUGGGCCGCGGGUGACGCGCUUCCCACCUGCCCCCGACCCGCGACCUACCUCGGCGCUCGGGACGCGUGAGGAACAGCGCCGCAUCUACCUUGGACCAAAGCUCAGUGACCGCGCCACCGGCGGUCCCGACGCCGGACCGCUCAUUGAGCGCUUCAGCUGUCUCUUCAAGGACCAGUACAACUGCAAGACCAACCCGCGCGGCAUUGUGUCUCUGGGUGUCGCCGAGAACUUCCUCCUCGAGAAAGAAUGCCUCGAGUACUUCACCCAAGCCUUCGCCAACAACUUCCUCUCGUCCGAUCUGGGCUAUGGCGACUCGCUGUGGGGAAGCCGCAGGAUCAACCGUGUUCUCGCCGACUUUCUCAACGACUGGUUCAGUCCCGCCGAGGCUGUCCAGCCUGAGCAGCUCAUCACCGGCGUUGGCUGCUCUGCAGUUCUCGACCAGCUCUUCCACACACUCAUGGACGAAGGCGAGGCAGUCCUGCUCGCUGGACCUUACUACACGGGCUUUGACCGUGACCUGAUCGGCCGCGCCCGCGUGCGUCUCGUUCCAGUCGAGGUCCCCGAGGGAGAUGGUGCCUUUGCCCCAGAGACGCUCAAGGCGUUUGGUGCCAAGAUGGACGAGCUAGCCAAGGAAGGUGUAACCGUUCGCGCAGUGAUCGUGUGCAACCCCCACAACCCGCUGGGCCGUCCUUACCCUCGCGAGACGCUCCUGUCCUACGCCAAGUUCUGCGAGGAGCGGGACCUCCACCUCGUCAGUGACGAGAUCUACGCCUUGAGCGUGUACGACAACCCGUCCUUCCCCGACGCUGUUCCCUUCACCAGCAUGCUGUCGCUGGAUGUUGAGCGCGAGCUGGGUAUUCCCUUUGACCGCGCGCGCGUGCACGUCGUGUACGGUAUGAGCAAGGAGUGCGUUGUAUUUGGUCGUAUGGGCACGUUGCUAACGCUCAGCUUUUGCGCCAAUGGCCUCCGUGUCGGCAGCCUCAUCUCUCAGGCCAACCCCCUGCUCCUCCGUGCCAUGGCCAACACUAGCAUGCUCAUGAAGAUCUCCUCUCCGGCCGACGUCAUCUGGUCGACCCUCCUGGCGGACACCGAGAAGCUCACCGAGUUUGUUGCGCUCAAUCGAGAGCGUCUCACCGAGGCUGCUCAGUUUGUACGCGACUGGUUCGAGGCGCGCGGCGUCCAGGUCGCCAACUCCAAUGCCGGCAACUUUGUCUGGGUGGACCUUGGUGGUCACCUCGGGUUCCGGCAGCAAGCCGAGGAGAAGCGUGUCUUCCAGCAACUCCUUGACGGCGGCGUCUACGUGGCUCCCGGGUGUGCUUACCACAACCCCACCGCUGGGUGGUACCGUAUCACGUUCAGCGUUGCGCGUGACAACCUCGAGGUCGGGCUCGGCAAGAUGGAGCGCAUUCUCGGCCUCUCUCUCAUUGCGUAA